CUAUGGCUUAUUGUUCUACAUCCCUUUCCCCAACUGGGUUACCUCUUAUUCUUUCUUCCACGCAACUUGUGGACAAGCUUAGGCUGUUCUCUCCCCCCUAAUCCCUUCCACAGACAUACCCCUCGUUUUUUGCUUCUUUUUUUUUUUUCGUGGUUGCUCCCCACCCAUCACCCCCUUCUUUUCUUGCUUAUUAGGGCAAACUCUCUUUUUUUCUUCCUUCUCUCUUCGCCUUUUUUUUUCUUCUCUUUUCUUGCUUUUGUUUCUUCUCUCAUUUUUUUUGUUUUCUUUUUCGUUUGUUUUCUAUCCUCUUCCUUUUUUACUUCUUCUUCCUCCCUUCUUUCCGACCAGACAAGAAAAAAAAAGGAUCAUCCGUAACAACAACUUAUAAUUGAAAAUUUUCUAUCAUGACGACUUCGUUGCUCGCAGCCAAACCCUACCACACUCUUUCUGCACCACCGGCUUCCUUGACGAAUCGUUAUGAACAAGUUCCAUCGACAGGCUUGAACCCGUUACCUAGCAGAGCUAGAUACUCGGUGUCGAGUUCAUCGUCUACACACUCCAUGCUCCAUUCCGACAAUUUCACAAUGCAUCCCGAUCCUGAAAUGUGUGCACUCCGAAACAUGCUUUCAGCUCAGCGUCGUUUAUUACCCUCUUAUGCCAGUACCCCUCAAUCCUCCGCUGGAUUACCCACCGUGACUGCGGUUGGCCGAGUGUCUCCGCUCACCAAUCGUUAUGCGUAUGUCGAAGCAUUAGUAGACACGAACGCGCUUGCUGUGGAAAGUAUUUGGUAUUCAACCAAUUUACAAUGUACACGAACGGCGGUAGUGCCUUUGCGAACGUUUAUCCAAGAAGUAUUGAAACGAUCACGAACGACGUAUUCGACAUUGCAGACAGCGUUAUUUUACCUGAUCCGAGCCCAACCGGCCAUUGUCGCGCAUCUCCAUCAUCAGGAAUACAAUCAAACCAAAGACGAUCGCCAGGGACAGUGGGAAGAUGCUUACAUCAGCUGCGGUCGACGGAUGUUCCUUGCCAGCCUCGUGGUUGCUUCAAAGUUUGUACAAGAUAAAACGUAUCGCAACUCAGCAUGGGCGAAAAUUGCAGGCUUACCGGUUGCGGAGAUCAAUGCCGCGGAGCGGAUUUUUUUGCAACUCAUCGAUUAUCGCUUGUACAUUGCACAGUCCACGUUUGAACAAUGGCAUCAUUUACUGCACGUGCAUGUCGAAGCCCGAACACAAAACCAACCAGUGCCCUUGCAUGAUUUAUCAUGCUUACCCUUCGGUACGUCUACUGCUCCAUCUUCGACCUCGGCGACAGCCAAUGUGACUCCCACAUCACCUUGUUCAUCCUCGCCACGAUCUCGUCCAGGAUGGACAUUGGUGCUUUCGCCCACCUCGUUCCUUCCUCGACAAAAGGUUUACCAUCAUCAACAUCAUCACCCACAUUCUCACCAUCCCCAUCAUUCUCAUUCGGCUGGUCACCAUCACCACCACCUCUCCCAGCCAAAACACCAUCAUCCAUAUCAUCAUCAUCCUCAUCAUCAUCCGUCUUCCACCUCAUCGGUGACGACGGAACAGGAUGGUCACCGUACACGAUCGACGGGUUAUGAUGACCGACGUUCCGUCUUGAUGCAACUGUCUCCGCCACUGUCAUGUUCACCUUACUCCAUGAAUUCGACAUGCGGUACCUGUUCUCCCAAUACACACAUCCCACCCGUGUUAUCCCUGUCGCUGCCCAGUUCCAGUAACUCCUCUCCAAUGCAAACGCCUACCUUGGUGUCUCCUGUACGUGUGAAUCACAGUACAUCUGCUUUCACAUGGAAGAUUGCUUCGCCCACCGUUCAUUAUGAUCCUCAUCAACACGCGACGCAUUAUCCUUCCCGUUACUCUAUGCCCGUGCAAGAAACUUAUGGCAAACGCAAAUCCGAUUACGACGAGUUUCAUCGUGGUUAUGCCGUUAGUUACGUUCGUCAGACCAAACGUUCCCGACGUUAAACGAAAACAACCAUCACCAUCACCACCACCACCAAAAAAAGAAAAAAAAAGCUAUCCAAAAAAAAAAAUCGAAUGAUGUAUUUCAAGUCCAUCUAUCCUUGGAAGGAAAUCCAAAAAAAAGCCCUCCUACAAAAGAAGAAAAAAUAUUCCUAUUGCCUUGAUCUCCGACCAAAGUCGUGUAUCCCUUUUUUUUUUUUUUUUUUUUUUUUUUUUUUUUUUCUUU